GUGUAUUUCGUAAAAGCUAAAGAUAGGAAACAUGGCGUCUACACAGACCACAAACAGAAAGAAGGCCAACAGGAAGGCGCGGAUGGAGGCCAGGACUUAACCGAGCAGCUGAAGAUGGCGCAGGAGCGAUCCUCCGGCCUCGAGGCGCAGGUUCGAGAUGCGGUGGGGCGACUCGUGAGCUGUGCUACGGAGCGGGACCAGUUGAAGGCAGCUCUGGAGGAAGAGAGGAUCGGGCGGAAGGAGGAUCAAGCUGCUCUGGAGCGGGGAGAGAGCAGAAAUGGAGCGUUUGAAAUUGGUUGCUGAGAGGACAGAGCUUCGUCAGCGGUUGAUGAGGGAAAGCCAUGGCCGUCUGGGCAAGGCAUUGGAUGAGUUCUAUGGCCUUGCUAAGGAAUUAAGCAGAGAUUUUGAAGAUGAAGAGGAAGGGAACCUGUGAGGGAGAUGGGGGAAGGAGAAAGAUGAAGAAGAAGCAAACCAAAGGGAAAAAAGAAAUAACUAGAAUUUCUAUUUUUUAUUUUUCUGUCAGGGACCUGUUUUA